CGUUUUUUUGGAGACGGGUAUUAAUUAUUUUCAAUAUGACUCGUACAAAUUACCUCUAUAUCACAAAUCCGCAACUAGUAUGCCCCACUUGCUUCACCUAUAAUCAAACCUUACUCAUACCAAAAAUGAAAUUAUUAGCCAAUAAUCAUCUUCAUUUCACCAACUCCUUCAACACUUUCUCUCUUUAUUCGUGCUAGUCAUUAACUUCUCCUAUAAAAAAAAAUCUAAGUCUUCAUUUAUUUUACAAAGUCCAAGUCUUCCUUAGACUCUUGGUAAUAGCCAAUCUUCUUCCUUCCCAACUAACACAUUUUCCAAUACAAUUCAAAAACUUGGAAAAAAUUCAAAUAUCAAAAAAUUCCAUUUUUUAGCCAAAAAAAAAAAAAACCUCAUUCAAACAUAAUCCCCUGUUUUUCUUCAUCACCAAAACAAAAAUUUUAAAAAUGGCGGUUGAAUUAUAUACAGAAAGCCCUUCAAGUAGAGGAAUGAGUCCUAGAAUUUCAUUCUCUCAUGAUCUUAAGAACUCAGAAAUUGUUCCAAUUGAACCCUUAAAAUCAUCUCUUCUUGAUUACGAUUUCGACUUUUGUGUCACUCGAAAAUCCUCUGAUCAAGAACCUACAUUAGCCGAUGAAUUAUUUGCAAAUGGGAUAAUUCUUCCAAUUCAAAUCAAGAAAAAAAAUAUACCCACAAUUUUAAAAUCAAAAUCAUUCUCUCCAUCUUCUUCUUCAUCAUCUUCAUCGUUGUAUUCAGCAUUCUUGCCGCCAUUGCCGCCGUCCUCUGUUUUGAACAACGGCGGCGAAAGCGAAAAGGAAACAGAGGAAAAACAGAGCAACAACAACAACAACAACAACAACAAUUCUAGCAAAUCAACAUUUUGGACAUUCAAAAGAAGUAAAAGUUUGAAUUGUGGGAGUAUAUAUAAAAGAGGAUUAUGUCCUUUACCUCUUUUAUCAAGAAGUAAAUCAACAGGGUCUUCAACAAGUGCUAAAAGAUCAUUGAUUUCGAAAGAAGAAAAACAGAGUAAUUUGAAGAAUUCAAGCUUCAGUAAUCAUCAAAAACCUCCAUUGAAGAAGAAUUUUGGUGGGUCUUCGUUUAAUUCUGGUGUUAUUCAUGUUAGUCCUGUUCUUAAUGUUCCUACUGGAAAGGUUUUUGGGUUUGGCUCUAUUUUUUCUACUGGCAAAGAUAGAAGCAAGAAGAAAUAAAUUUCAAGUUUUUUUUUUUUUAAUUUUAUUUAUUAUUUUUUUUUAUGAUUAAUUGACUGAGUUGCUUGAUAUUUCUCUUAAUUAGAUUUUUAUUUAAAUUUGUUUUUUUUAUAAAAAUUAGUUGGUGUAAAAUGGGUGUUAAAAUUAAAUUAUAUAGCAUGUGAUUAGGUGUUAGAAAUAGAGAUUAGGGAUGUGAAGAUAUAUAAGAACAUCCCACAUGGAAUGAAGCAUAAAAAGACAGGUAACUAAUUUGCUUCUAUUGUUGGAGUUUUUCUUCAUUUAUCGGAGAAAAUACAAUUAUUUGAUUUUCUUAUCUUUUUGGUUUGUUUCUAACUCUCUCUCUCUCUUUUUUUUUUUUUGUUGUCAAUUCUUGUUUUUGUGGUACUGAGACCUAAAAGGUAACAAAGUAACAACUAACAAGUGCAAGUGUGCAUUGUGCAAGUGCAACUACUGUAUUUGUAAAGAGAUCACUUGUACUGCAGUUUUUAAGUUGGUCGUGUAAGAAGUAUUGUGAAUGGUUGAGUACGACUGUACGAGUAUGUUUUACGGGUGUAUAUAAACAAUUUCAAAGUUAGUGUAAGGCUAUGUUAAGUUUGUAUUCCAAUGUGAUCUGAAUUUUAUUGAUACGAGUUUCAAAUUUGACCAAACUUUAACCAUAUUUGUAUACUAAAUACUAAUCCAUAAAAUAAAAUUAUA